AAGUAACAUAUAUUAAGAACUUCAAAAUUUAUUGAAUUUUUUCAUAUAUACUUGUAUCAGGACAAUCCGAAGUCACAAUAGAACCAGGUAAACAUAUUUACAGUUUUGAUUGCCAUAUUCCGUCACAUUGUCCCACUUCUUUUGUGGGUCGUUUUGGGCAUAUCAGAUAUGUAGUGCAAGUGACACUUACACGUUCGUGGAAAUCUGAUCUGGUAUUCACAAAAGACUUUACCGUAUUAACAAUAAAAGAACUUAAUUACGAACCAAAUUUGCUGUUGCAACCAGUGCACACUUCUGCACAGAAGACAGUUAGCAGUUGGCCAAAUAAAUCGGCACCAUUGCAAUUGGACUUAGAUCUGUUACAGAGUGGUUUUGUGCCUGGACAGCAAAUACCCAUUUCGUUGUUGGUUACAAAUGACAGUCAUAUACCUGUCGAGGAAAUACAUGUUACACUUUGUAUGAUUGUAUUUUAUUAUAGUCAGAAGCCUUUAAGGAUAACGAAAAGAGAACGGAUUCCGUUAAGCGCUAUUAAAUCUGUCGGAGUACAACGCAACUGUAAAAAAUUAUUCAAUUAUGAACUGCAAGUUCCUGCCACACCACCAAGUAACAGCUUUGGUUGUAGUAUACUAGAAAUUGCUUACGAAAUUUUAGUACAAGCAAAACUUAAGGGUGUUCGCGUUGAUCAUGUCAUUUGUGCACCAGUCAUUAUUGAGCAAGUACCACAGAAAAAUGAAAUACUUCAAAAAUCCGUAAUGACGUCUAGUGAAAUGAACACUAAAAUACAAGACGAGAGUCAACGUAACGAAACCAUCAUAAAUAGUGAUGUUAACACUACGAAUUCUGCACUUCCGACUUAUGAAGAAGCAACUCUUCCGACUGGUGGAAAAAUCUGCUUUGAAGAAAAUCAUUAUAAUAACGAAAAUAUUUUGAUACCAAAAAAUUCGGAUUUUGAAGGCUCCAAUUAAUUAAAUUUAAUUGACAAAGGAAAUGAUAAAGUUUGAUGAGUAUAUAAUCGAUGUGACAGGAAGUUGGUCGGAUGUUAAGAACGAUAAUGAUUAAAUCAGCAUAAUCACGUAUCAAAUAUGGUAACAUAUGAUUACCGAUAUAAGCGUAAAUUAAAGAUACUGCUGAGCAAUAAACAACAACCGAGAUAAGAUUGCUUUUAGUAGUUAUAAAUAAUAUAUCUUUAAAUUGUGUUGACAUAAAAAUUCUACAAUAAUAAUAUUUUGUGAUAUUAUACAACCUGUA